GAGCUCUGACACAUGACUGCAGCAGACUGAUGCAGGAUGAUGAAGAUGUCAGGAAGGAUCAGAAGUUGCUGUGUGGCUCUGCUCCUGACCCUCACUUCUGUGUCAGCUGUAAGACGAACGCUCAAUUCAAUUAAUGACCUGAAGUCAAUCGACUUUGGACAAGCUGUACCUAUGCACAGCAUCCUGUUGCUCCACUGGUUUGCCAAUGAAAUUGACAUUGACACAAAUGGUGUCAUACCACUAACCUUUGACCCAGACAGUGGUGAUUAUGGCUCACAUCUUUAUUACAACAAUGAGAGGGUUUUAGACCCACUGCCAAGGGGAUAUCAGUACUACACUCUUGGUAAUAUCUAUCAAGGUACAUCAGUGGACCUUCCAGAUUUUAUUCUCCAGUCAGACGAAGAGGAAAGUAACCGGGCUCGGAUCAUAUUCAGGGUCAGGGAGCAGAAUGCUGGGUGGAUAAUAGACCAAGUCUAUAUCACCCAGCAUUAUGAGACAUCUGAAUAUCGAGGUACGGAGUACGAUCCAGAACAUACAUACAAAGUCACUACCUGCCUCUUAAGAGCAAUUAGAAGAUUUUCUUUGGAAGGUAAUAACAUCAACUCAUUGAUGUCUCUCAGAGAUCGCUUUGGAAGCAGUGCUGAUGAUUCCCAGAUAAGACAGAUAAGAAACACGUGGGGUAAAUUUGCUUGUCUCGGACUUUUUUUUUUUAUUGUCAUGCAGGAGAAGUAUUCCCCUCCCAAACGCAACAAUAGACGUCAGCCUGCAGCAAGAAGGAACACACAAAGUGACUUUGUGGUCAAUAUACCAAAAAGCAAACAAAAUGCUGCUUCUGAUAUAUCUGUGAAUAAUCAAGUGGAUCCUAGUGAUAACAUCACACUCAAGGUGACAACAGGCAAACGUGGGAAAGCCAGAAUUACUUGGAGCAAAGUUCCUAGUGAUUUUCUUAAUCGAGGUGUGAUGGUAGCACUUUACAAGAAUGAUCAGGAAGAGGAGGCCCUGACUUAUGAAUCUAUUGGGAACAGCGAGUCAGGCAGUUAUGAUACAUCAGUACCCCUGAAUGAAGGCCUUCAGGUGCGGCUGCAUGAGAUGAGAAAACAAUUUUUCUUCUGGACAUCAGUCGGAGAGGAGAAAUACAGAAGCAGUGAGUUUAAGAAUCCCGAAGCGGUCGAUAUAACAGGUUACGAUGCAAACCUGCAACUCUUUGCAAAAGACGGCAGAGCUUGUGCUCGCUUAAGAGUGAAGAAGUCUUUCCAUGACUGGAGGUCUGAAUUUAAAAAGGCUUGGGUCGGCUUCUAUAGCUCUGAAGAUAAAGAGACAAACAACUAUGAAUGGUGGCAAUGGCAAUGGGCAACAAAAUUCAAAGAAAACACAGAUUUUCAGGACCUGUUUUAUGAAGUAUAUGAGUACGAGUCAGGCAUGACAAUCACUCCAGGAGUCCAAAUACGCUUCAUACUGCAAGAUGAGAUAGAGAAGGCAAGAACCCCAGCCUGGAGGGAAUGAGGAUAUUUAAACUAGCUGAAUAUUUUUUUAAAUAGUGUCAAGAUCAGCAAUGCUAUUAUUUUAUAUUUAAACAAUUAGUUAUAGCAGAAGAUUAAAAAGAAUUUCAGGUCUUUUAGUUUGGUGCUGUUUUCUGCAGGAAACAGCAAUAAAUCAUGAACCUAUAUGAGCUCUUUGCAGAGAUAUUGUAUGAUCCAGAACAUGUAUAUUUACCUACUUGUUAAGAGUGAUCAGAAAGUGUUCGUUGGAAGGUAAUGACUUCAACUUACUGAUGCAUCCCAGAGACCACUUCUGAAGUAACAUUGAUGUGGAUUAAAUCACCAUAUUAAUGCUUUUCUGCAGCAUUAAUCUCUUGUGUUGCAUUCUGAUGUUAUGUUCUAUAGACAUUUUUGAUCUUCAUUUUAUUAUCAUCAUCUGAUAAUGUCUGUGAUUGAGUUAGCAGCACUCACAGAGCUCAUUUUGUGUGGAAGAAGAAUCAUAUGAUCCAUGAAAUGCCCCUUUUACAUUGGUUAGAUGCUGCCAACACCUCCUUUUAUGUGACCGUGCAGGGGAAACCCUGGGUUAACUUAGCAAGCUGAUAACCAGAUUCAUGUGACUGCUUAUCCUGAUUGCCAAUGUUAGGAUAAGUGAAUCCAGAUAAUGGAAAGAUACUCUGGCUCUGUUGAACUUGCUUAAUAGUUCAGGGCUUUGAAAAGGUACAACUCUGAUCUACAGAGCACAUUUCAGGCUGCAAUACAAAGAAACACAACCUGAUUCUGACGAGACUGAGUCUGAGUUGCACCUAUAAUCUGCAUUUUGGUAAUUCUUGUUCUUCUAUUCUUUGGUAUUGUGUAGUCGUCAUGAUCCUUGCAGGACUCAGUCAAGCAGUAAUUUAACUAACAUCAACCUCAGCAUACAGAUUAAAUAUAACUUUUCUGUUUGAACCUCUGAACUAAGAUCGCAUCAUCAUAACUCUUCUAGAUGCUGUCUCCAUACACUCCAAGUUUUUUUUAAAAAUUAUUAUUAUUUUUUUUUUUUCAGCAGCCCCUGAACUAUUUUUCCUGGUAUUUUCACUGCAUCACUGAAGACUGCAGUUGUCAAACACAGAUGCUCCUACACUUAAUAAUUAUUGGCAUAUUUCAAAUUUUCCAUCAAUUUGUAAGAUUGAGAAAGUAGUUUUUAAAUCAAAUUGAAUAUUAAUUGGUACCGUCACAUUGUCCAAUCAGGCUUUUGUGAAUGUCACAGCACAGAAGCUGCUUUCAUUAAAAAGGUAUUAAAUCAGGUUUGUCUGAAUAGAGACAUAAAUUGACUGCUCUGGGAUUAUUAGAUCUUAGCGCAGCAUUUAAUACUGUAGAUCAAAAUACGCCAUUAAUGGGUCUUAUAGUAACUGUUCUUUGAUGGUUUUUGAGUCAUACCUAAAAGGUAGGGAUUAUACUGAUUUGGGCUCUCUUGACACUUAUGAAUCGGAGAUCACCCACAUGCCAUAUGUAGUCCUGCAAGGAGCAAUUAAACACCCCCCGUUUAGUUUGUACAAGUUUCCUCUAAUACAGGGGGAUUAUCACAGCUAUACAGAUGAAGCCAAAAUUUAAGGCUGUAACUAAAACAGCUUUUUUUAAAAAAUAAGGAAAGAGAGAUAUAGCAAAUUAUUUAAUACUGUUUUUAACUAAUGAAGAAGCUAUACCCUUACCAUGGCACUAUGUUUAUCUUUUUUGCUUUUAUUAUUCUUUUAACCCAUUUUAACAGUGUAAAGACAACACAUUUAUUAUUUUAAUCUUAUUUUGUAAAAAACACUUUGAAUGACUGAAAGGUGCUAUAUAAAUAAAUCUGCACUGCCUUGCCUUCUAACCGGUAAACACAAAGAGACACAGCAUGUUACCAGAUAACCUGUAUCUGCUGUAGCUGCUGUGUCUCACUGUAGAUCAAGAACAGAAGAACACCUGCAUGAUCAGGCAGCUGCAACACGUUUUUACCACUAGAUGAAUAACAGGAGUUGUUCUGUUUAAUUUUACCUUGUGCACGAAUUUGUUUUGUAAAUCUUGUAAAGACUGCUUGUAAUAAAAGGCCAAAUUAUUUUCACAUCAAUAAAUCACAAAUUUCAAACUUUGUA